UGACUUUUCCGUUAUUUUCAACUCAAAUCGAGCAAAUCGUCGGUCAAGAUAACAUCGUUUACAAUAGUCUCUGUAAUAACGGAGUUUACAAAAGAAUUGUUAAAACUUCAUAAUUAUCAAUUAUAUACCAGUGCCAGGUGGAAUAAUGGAGAUUCACACUAGGAGGCAUCACACGAUCCAGGAUCAAGAAAAUAUCUAUGCCGGAAAAGGCAAAGGCAAUGUGGGGUUGGUGCCAGUAAAGCGCCAAGGAUUGGGUGUCAGGGGAGCUUUGGGCGAUGUGAACACGAAUGUUCAGAUCCAGCGCGAUGCAAACGUCGGCAAGGUAGCUGUGGCAGCCGCCGAGUUCGAGAAGAAAGCGACUCAAAGCCGCGUCGCGUUGAGGAGUAAUUAUGGACAUGUGCAAUCGAAAGUGGACACAGGGCUUGCUGCGAAGCCUAUACAACCUUCUUCGAGGCCUCCAUUGAGACGAGAGGAGAGCACUGCUGGCUUGGCAAGGGCUGCUGCUCGUACAAGAGCUGCACUAAAGGAGACCCAGAAAUCAGUUAAACCUAAAGAUUCUUCAAAUACUUUAUUACAAGCUAAGAAAGUUGGAGAAGUAAAGAAGUCAAGCAAACUACCUACAGUAAAAGAGCAGUUUAAAGGAAAGGAGAACAAAGAAUCAACCAGACCUAUAAUCAAGGACCCUACAGAAUCACUGGGAAAACUGAAAUUGGUUGAUACCUACAAGCAAUAUGAGAAAACAUCAGUCAGUGUCACAGUUUCUCCUUUUAUCAGUUUGCCCAAUGAUAUUGAGGAUAUUGAUGCUUCAGACAAGAAUAGUCCGCUGCUUAUGUCUAUGUACAUCAAGGAUAUUUACAAGUAUUUGACUGAUUUAGAAGUACGGUACCCAGUUGAAGAAGAUCACUUGAGAAAACAGAGUGUUAUCACCGGAAAGAUGCGAGCAACUCUUAUUGAUUGGUUGGUUGAAGUUCAAAGGCAAUUUUCUUUGGUUUUGGAGACGUUCCAAUUGACUGUUGGAAUCAUUGAUAGAUAUUUACAGGUAGUGCCAAAUGUACAGCGCGAUCGUCUUCAGCUCAUCGGCGUAACAGCGAUGUACAUCGCGAGCAAGUACGAAGAGAUUUACUCGCCCGCUGUCCACGAAUUUGUCUACGUCACAGCUAAUGCUUACACCAAGAAGGAUGUGUUCCAGUGCGAGAGGGAGAUCCUCUCCAAACUUGGCUUCUGUCUCGCGCGCCCGAUACCGCUUAGCUUCUUGAGGAGGUUUGUGAAAGCCGCGCAUGGAACGUCAAAGCACCAUCAUUUGGCGAAAUACUUCGUGGACCUUUGCUUAGUGGAGUAUUCGAUGGCGCACCACCGGCCCUCCGAGCUGGCGGCGGCCGCUAUCUGCCUCUCCCUCCACCUCCUCUCCAACAAGAAGCUCGAAGACGUAUGGACACCCACACUCAGGUACUACACGGAGUACACACUCGAACAUAUCGACCCAAUCAUUAGGAAAAUCGCAAAGAUUGUCACCAAUGUUGAAAACUCUAAAUAUAAGGCUGUUUACAAUAAGUAUUUAGAUGUAACAUUAGCUAAGGUAUCCAGUCUUCCUCAGCUAAAAGGCGAUGCUAUCUACACAUUGGCUAAAUUGCCGUUUGACUGUUAAUUAAUAUUUGACCGACAUAUUUUUUUAAGAAGUGUGAAGCUUGACUUAGCGCAAUGUGUAUGGUAACCUAGAUGUUUUCGAAAAAUGGACUGAGUUUUGUAUAAGGUUUGUUUUAGGUAAUCAAUCAGCUUGUUUAGGUAUAGUUUUAGCUUUUAGAUAAUGUUUGUACGACGAAGGUUUUCUUUAAGUAAUAUUGACAUGAUAUAAAUAUUUAUGUAAUAUUGUAUUCCUCAUGGUGGAAUAAGGCGGGUGACAGAUAUUAUAAACAUGUUAUUGAAUUAUUAGUCUGCCUGUCAUUUAACAAGUGUGAAUGUUUUGGAUUAUUAUUUAUUGUUUUAUUAGACAUGCCCAAUGAAUGACUUACUGGAUCCGAGGUUCUUGUAAUCUCACAAUGUUCAAGAUUAUGUAUAAUAAUAAUUAUUACACAUACAACGUAUAUAGUGUUUAUACAAUUGCUAUAUGGAAUGGUCUCUUAGAAGCAAAACUUUAUUAUUCCGUUGUUCCUACUGUCUAAUAUACCUCUUCAUACUGAUAAUAGUUCUUUCCGACUGAAUAAUUAAUAAGAAUAAUGAAUAUUCUAUUCGUAAAUUUUAGUAUUGUGACCAAAUAUGAUUGACCUAAAUGUUUGUCUAACAGUUUGUAACAUGACUAUGCUUUGUAUGGUAAGUUGUAUUGUAUGGAUUUUUGAUUGUGAUUAUAGGAUAAUUGUUUGGAUCUAAUGUAAUUUGAUAGAACUGUGAUUAGAAUUAUACGCUGUAAACUUGUUAAAAUAAAAUCUAAUGUUUUUAGA